ACAAUUGCAAUUGGUCAAUUGAAAAAGAAGCAGCAUGAUUUGUUAUAAGUUGGCAUCAGCGAUUGGCCCAAUUUGUUUACACCACAAAUUAUUUAGUUUUAUCUUAAUUACGAACAGCGGAAUAGAUACGGCGUGAACUUUUGUAAAGAUCUGUUAAGGAAGCGAUUUGCUAUGCUUUUGCGGCGCAAAUUCCUGCCACGUUCAUUGCGUGAUAUCGGCUGCUUUUUGAUGAUGUUCAUCUUCAUACCAAUAACAUUUGUAUUUGAGAUCACCAUAGUGCUACCCGAUUUCCACGCCACAAAUGGCAUCAUUUACAUACUAACCUGUCUAUUAGGACUAUUUUUGCUAUUCAAUUUGCAGGCGAAUAUGCUGGCAUGCAUGUUGAUAGACACAAGUGCGCGUACAAUUGUACUAACACCUCCGUCUAAUGAUCGUCAACGUCAGUAUUGGCGCUAUUGCUCGGCUUGCGAAAUGUUGGCUCCACCACGUUCUUGGCAUUGCAGCAUUUGUGAUACUUGCAUUCUCAAAAGGGAUCACCACUGUGGCUUUACAGGUUCAUGCAUUGGUCAUAACAACCACCGAUACUUUGUUUUCUUUCUUCUAUACCUUGCAAUCGGUGCCACUUAUGCUACAGUUUACAAUAGCCUCUAUUUCUGGUGGCUACAUGCAGAUACUUAUGUUAAUUGGCUGACUAUGAUCAAAAUCGUAUUUCCCAUGCUCAUGAUAUGCUUUGAUGUGUCAUGGCAGAAUUUUUAUUUGCUUAUUUAUAUGCUCAAUAUUAUUGCGAGUGCUUACUCCAUGGUGCUCAUCGCAUAUCAUGCGCCGUAUAUAAUGCGUGGAGCAAAGAAUUGCGAGAAAAAUUCAAAGCGAUAUGAUCUCGGAGUACGACGAAAUUUGGAGAUGGUAUUGGGAAGACGAAUGCUAUUGGCGUGGUUAUCCCCAUUUAUUAAAAGUGAUCUACCGCAUGAUGGCAUACAUUGGGAAAAUGUUAUGGAUGACGCAGAAAAGGAUCGUUAAUUUGAAUGCACAUUAGCGUGUGCUUUAUUUAAAUUUGAAUCUCUAGUCUAAUUUUGAAUUUUCAUAAUUUUUUAAGCAUUGAUUUAGAGUUAAUAUAAUUACGAAAAAAUCGUAGUAUUGAAGUCGUAUAAGCGGUAUGGAUUUUAGCGUUUUGAGGGUAUGUGUCACAAAAGCUACCUGAAUGAUAGUAGGCUCCUUU